ACACCGAGAGAGAAAGAGAGGAAAACAAUUAGUGAUACAGAGAGAGAGCGAGCGAACGCGGUAGUGAGAGUGUAAGUGGGUGAAUAAUAGAGAAAACAUUCACUUAAUAAAUUCGACAUGGCAUUAUUUAAUAGUCUCUGACGAAUUCUUUCGAUCCAUAAUGAUAGCGAGAAAACAUUGGUAAUAAACUGAAACAAGUUAGCCACGGCCUAGUGCCCCACGCUCAAUUGUGGAGCGACUCAUUUGCAUGUUGAUGAAGCUGAAGAUAAAGACCAUGUUGACAGCGAAUCGCUGCUUGUCGCCCCAUUGGAAUCUAUUUUUGUGUCUGCUGUGUGCGUCACUUCUGGAUUUGGGUUGCGCUUGGAAGUGCCUGUACAAAGAGUUUCCAGUGAUCGACCAACAGAUGCGGGGCAUUUGGUUUAUCUACGCCUCGAGGCCGGAGGUAGUCAACAGAUGUUUGAUCGAAGGAAUGGACUUGUAUUGGAACCGCAUCACCUACACGGACUAUAGUCAAAUCGCCGUGGAGCUGCAUUGCUCUCAGCCCUUUUACCGGCAGCAAAUGAUUAUUUAUACGCGCCGAGAGUACCCAUCAAUUGAAAUAAUCGACCUGGUAAGCAAUUAUCUGAAAACUGUGAGGCUAUCGAUCCAAGACUUUCACCUGGUCAAUAAGGAAACCUGCAUGAGGAACCCCAAAGAGCCCAUUCAGCGCUGGCACCUGUCCAAGUACCAGCAUAUGGGCUACAAUCCGCAUUAUUUGAGGCCUCUCGUUGUCGACAAAAAUAUCUGAGCUGCUCUUUCCAACUUUCUUCCCCAUCGACCAGCGGAAUUUGCAUAUGCCGAUUUUCGGGGCCAACCUGAUUAGUUCGUGGCAACUUAUUAAUCAAGCCCAAAGAGGAAUAACUAAAAUGUGUGCACUGAGAGAAAUUUCAAAUACAAUAAUUAAUAUUUCUUUAAAA